UACACCUUUCCUGUUUGUCACCCCAAUGGCUCCUCAUCCAGAAUCUAAGACGUUCCAUGUCCUGGUUUUUCAAAUGGCCUUCUUUCAAUUCCUCAGGGGCCAAAGCUGCUGAUUUUAAAACAGAAGGCGUGUGAUAUUUCAGUUUGUCAGUGUUGACUCUCAUGGAUUUGGUCUGCUCAUUUAUUUACGAUAUUUAAAAGACAAGUUUUAACUUCAUGUCAUCAAACAAGGAAUGGCGUUUAACUCUCCAGUAUGCUAAAAAUCUCCUAGUCACUGUGCUGCUGUUCUUGUUGACGCCUGUGAGGGAUGCUGCUGGUUGGUUGCUGCGCACUUGACGCGUCCAUGGAAGUCGGGAGUAGUACCUUAGUAUGAAUCAUCAAUAGCAAAUGGCAGAGAUGUUGUACACCUACAUAACAAGCCUUUACUUGCUUCAUUUGUAAUCAGCGAUAUUUGUCUUGUUUGCGAUUAUAAGUACCAUAUUGAAUAACAGUAUUAAUUGAUUAACUUAAUCAUGGAAGAUCUAUUGAAAAAACUACACAAGGAAGCAUCCGGAAAUAAAUACAAAGCCGUCAGGGAUGCGUGCUCCUUGGCGUGUGAAACGUUAGACGCCCAAAAUGACACAGCAAAGAUCAUGCCGCAUCAGCUGAGGGAGAGGUGUCUAACUCCUCUACAACUGGCUUUGGAAUCGAAGAAUUUAAAACUGGCUCAACAUGCAUUAGCAGGGAUGCAGAAGCUGCUGACUGAUGAGAGGUUUAUAACUGUCGAUACAGAAUCUGAAGAGAAGCAGCUUCUAAAUCAGAUGCUAGAUGCUGUCAAAGUCACUCCAUCACUUAGUGAAGAUUUGCAAGUUGAAGUCAUGAAGGUCUUGCUUUGCAUAACGUGCUCUUCAACAUUUGACUUGAAAGGAAGUUCUGUUCUGAAGAUUGCAGAGGUGUGCAUCGAGACAUACGUAGCAAGCUGUCGACAGCGCAGUAUCAACACUGCUGUGCGUGCAACACUUAGCCAGAUGUUAAGUGAUUUGACUCUGCAGUUGCGUCAGAAGCAGGAAAAUGGGACAACUGAAACUCAAGAACUGCCAGAAGAACUUCAGAGUAAAGCUGUUGUGACAGAUCUGGAAUCUCUACGUGAGGAUGUUGUGUCAGUUCUGAGUGUCUUCUGUGAGAAGUUGCAAGGAGUCAUAAAUGAUAACCAACAGCUUCAGCUUCUGUACUUGGAAUGUAUCCUGUCUAUGCUGAGCAGCUCAUCUCGCAGCAUUCAUUCUCAUAAAGGCUUCACGGAUCUCAUAUGGAAACAACUAUGUCCAGCUCUAAUCGUGAUCCUGGGAAAUCCUGCAAAUGACAAGACGAUUACUUCAGCUCAUGGAGCUAAUUCCUUUGAAAUGGACAGCACACCAUCAGGGGUCUCAGACCACGGGAGGGGUUCAGGUUGUUCUUCCACAGCCCCAGCCCCAAUUGGACCAGUUGCUCGUACUAUAUACUGUAUAGCAGCAGAAUUGGUCAGACUGGUGGGUUGUAUGGAAUCCAUGAAACCUGUAUUACAAUCACUGUAUCACCGCAUUCUUUUGUACCCUCCUCCACAGCACAGGGUCGAGGCCAUCAAAAUCAUGAAAGAGAUCCUCAGCAGUCCUCAACGACUUUCUGACCUUGCAGGACCCACUGCAUUACAACCAGAAAUGAGGAAGAGAUCAAUUUCAAAACGCAAAUCGCAGCUGGACCUUUUGAAACUGAUCAUGGAUGGGAUAACUGAGGCUUGCAUAAAAGGUGGCAUAGAAGCAUGCUAUGUGUCUGUCUCCUGUGCUUGUGCAUUGCUUGGUGCUUUGGAUGAGCUUAGCCAAGGGAAAGGAUUAAACAAAGAACAAGUCAGCCAUCUCAUUGGCCACAUUGAGGAACUGAGGGAUGGAACUGAGUCUACUCGCGAAUCCAUGGAGAUAAAUGAUGCUGACUUCAGGUGGCAGAGACAUGUCCUUUCUUCAGAGCAUGCCCCAUGGGAAACUGGUACAGAAAAGAGCCCAGAUAUUAGUAUAAGUGUGACCACAGAUACAGGUCAAACAACUCUGGAAGGAGAUCUUGGACAAACAACUCCAGAGGAUGGAAUUGAGGUUCACAGAAAUCAUUUACAGUCUCCCUCAGGGCAGGAAAAUAGAGAUGUUCCAACAAAAGACACUGCUUUAGAACCAGAACCUUCCGACCAGCCAGAUGUUAUACAAAGAGCCCAUGGCCUUGCAUUCCCUGACAUUACAAAUUUUUUAACCGUAGUAAACAGUGGAAACAGAAGUAGGUCACAUGGGUCACGAUAUAGUGAAAGCAACUUCAGUGUUGAUGAUCAGGACCUUUCAAGAACUGAAUUUGACUCUUGUGACCAAUAUUCUAUGGCAGCAGAAAAAGAUUCUGGGAGGUCUGAUGUUUCAGAUAUUGGCUCUGAUAAUGGUUCUCUUGCUGAUGAAGAGCAGACUCCCAGAGACAGCACAGGCCAUAGGUCAUUACGUACUGCAGCACUAUCUUUGAAACUUUUGAAGAACCAAGAAGCAGACCAGCAGAGUGCUAGGUUGUUUGUACAGUCGCUUGUUACUCUUCUUCCUCACCUUUUGACACUGCAGAGCAGGGAGGAGGUAGACUCUGCUCUCCAAAGUUUUGGUUCAACGUUUUGCUCAGGACUGCAUGCAGGUGUGAUGCACUCACCUGGAUUUGAAGGGAAUGGAAACCUUAAUUGCCAGACAUUGAUGAAUGCUGAUGGCCUUUACUUGGUCUCAUACUAUGCCUUGCUUCUUAACCUAAAGCUGUGUACCUGUGACUACUAUAGGAAGAAGCCAGCACCUGUGCCUACAUCUCUGAAGGAGUUUGUGAGACAGAUUCAGAACAGUGGAGUGCUUGUUGUUCUUUCCCAAGCCUGGAUUGAAGAGUUGUACCACCAGAUACUGGAUCGAAACUUGCUGGGUGAAGGUGGAUACUGGGGUACAACAGAGGAACAUUCCCUGCCGUUGAUUGCCAUGCUGACUGAUAUUGAUGGUCUAGGGAGCAGUACGGUUGGAGGCCAGAUGCUCUCGACUGCAUCCCAGCAGUCCCCUCUUGUUCAGGACCGGAGUACUGAAGAUAGCGUCAUGGCAGGAGUUGCAUUUGCACGCUAUAUACUAAUUGGUUGCUGGAAGAACCUAAUCGAUACUCUGUCCACACCUUUGACUGGCCGCAUUGCUGGAAGCUCCAAAGGACUAGCAUUUAUCCUUGGUGCUGAAGGAGCUAAGGAACAGAACCAGAAGGAGAGGGAUUCCAUCUGCAUGAGUCUGGAUGGGCUGAGGAAGGCUGCCCGCCUAAGCUGUACCUUAGGUGUUGCUGCUAACUGUGCCUCAGCACUUGCUCAGAUGUCUGCAGCAUCAUGUGUUCAGGAGGAGAAGGAGGAAAAGGAAGUCCAGGAGCCCAGUGAUACCAUAGCACAAGUUAAGCAAAAAGUAGAGCAAAAACUGGAGCAGAUUGGGAGACCACAGGGCAUUCGACUUCACACUGCUCAUGUGUUGUGUAUGGAUGCUAUCCUUAAUGUUGGACUGGAGAUGGGAAGCCACAAUUCUGAUUGCUGGCCACAUGUGUUCAGGGUGUGUGAGUAUAUUGGUACCCUGGAACACAGCCACUUCAGUGAUGGUGCUUUCCAACCUCCAGUGACCAUCACGCAGUCUCAGCAGACUGUGGCUGGAUUUCAGCCAGAUUUUCUAAUGGAAUAUCCCCAAGAACUGUCUUUGGAACACAGUAUGACUCUCAGUAACCCCAUCAUCCAACCAGUUUCAAUCCAGGACCUUAUUAUGGAGAACAGCAAGGGGCGUGCCUUUGACUUUCGAGGAGGCAGUCUGCUGAGUGGGGGCAGUGCGGCCAAAGCAGUGUGCGCCCUCUCAACGCAAGCUGACAGGUUAUUUGAAGAUGCUGCUAAGAAGUUGAACCUUGCAGCACUGGUGGGUUUUCUACACCAGCUGAGAAAGGCUUCACAGGCCCAACUCUUUAGUUCAGUGGCAGAAAUGGUUGACUAUUCAUUAGCUAUGCCAGGUGAAGUCAGGUCAACACAAGACCGGAGGUGUGCUCUUCACCUUAUCCGCUUGGGAGAUGUGAUGCUGAGGAUUGUAAGGAGCAAAUCACGUCCUCUCCUUCACCUCAUGAGGUCUUGGAGUGUUGUUGCACCUCAUCUUGUAGAGGCUGCUUGUCACAAGGAAAGGCAUGUUUCCCAGAAGGCUGUCUCCUUCAUUCACGAUGUUUUGACUGAGGUGCUGACUGACUGGAAUGAGCUGCCACACUUCCACUUCAACGAGACUCUUUUCCGUCCCUUUGAGCAUAUCAUGCAACUAGAACUGUGUGAUGAAGAUGUUCAAGAUCAGGUGAUAACUUCCAUAGGAGAGCUGGUUGAAGUUUGCUCACCUCAGAUCCAGUCUGGCUGGAGGCCCCUGUUCAGUGCCCUAAGAACUGUGCACAGCAACAAGGCUGAUGUCAAGGAGUACCUUGUUGGCGACUACUCAUUAGGCAAACGGCAAGCUCCAGUGUUUGACGUAUUUGAAGCUUUUCUGAACACAGACAACAUUCAAGUAUUUGCCAAUGCUGCUACAGACUACAUCAUGUGCCUUAUGAAGUUUGUCAAAGGAUUGGGUGAAAUGGAUUGCAAAGAGAUUGGGGACUGCACUCUGGCUUCUUGUUCUACAUCUACAGAUCUGUGCCUUCCUGCUCUUGGCUACCUCAGAAAAUGUUCUCAGCUGUUGGCAAAAAUCUAUAAAAUGCCUUGCAAGCCGAUUUUUCUUGGAGCACGACUUGCUAGUCUGCCAUUGAGAAGCCAAGAGAGAUCUUCGAGCAGCGAGGAAGGUGUGGAAUCUGUGUUAGCAGAGUUUGAUGAUGAUACAGGACUUAUUCAGGUAUGGAUUCUUCUUCUGGAACAGUUGACAGCAUCUAUAUCUAAUUGCCCACGCCAGCAUCAGCCCCCAACACUGGACCUGCUGUUUGAACUGCUAAGAGAUGUUACUAGAGUACCAGGCCCUGGGUUUGCAAUAUUUGCUGUUGUCCAGCUCCUUUUGCCUGUGAUGUCACUGUGGCUACAACGCAGUCAUGGAGAUAGCCUGUACUGGGAUAUUGCAGCUGCCAAUUUCAAACAUGCAAUCGGACUCUCCUGCGAACUUGUAGUGGAGCACAUUCAAACCUUCAUCCAGUCAGAUAUUGGUUAUGAGACUAUGAUCAACACUAUGCUGAAGGAUCUUUUCAAGUUACUGGUGUCAUGUGUCGCUGAACCUGCUGAGACUAUUUCCAGAGUGGGCUGCUCUUGUAUCAGGUAUGUUUUGGUUACUGCUGGUCCUGUGUUCACUGAAGAAAUGUGGAGGCUUGCUUGCUGUGCCUUGCAGGAUGCCUUCUCAGCUACUUUGGAACCAGUGAAGAACUUGCUGGCCUGUUUCCACUGUGGCUCAGACAGUUUCACUGGAGACGCCUGUGAAGUUAAAGUGGCAGCCCCUUCACUUUCUCCCAGUGCAGAAGCGGAGUACUGGAGGAUCCGUGCCAUGGCACAGCAGACUAGUUAUUGUUCUCUUAAUCUUCUUUUUGUUAUUGCUGCACUCCUGAACAGGAAAGUGGGAAUCCCAUUCAGGACAAUAGUAGUUAGUUUGCUGUCACAUCAAGUAUUGCUCCAGAACCUGUAUGAUAUACUUCUAGAAGAAUUUGUCAAAGGACCAUCACAUGCUGAAGCUACAGAAAAAAACACACUUUUGCCGGAAACCAAGCCAGCUGGCUUUCUCCGAUACAUCUCCAUGCAGAAUCUUGCCAUCAUCUUUGAUUUACUUCUAGACUCUUAUCGCACUGCAAGAGACUUUGACACCAGACCUGGCUUGAAAUAUUUGCUGAUGAAAGUGUCUGGAGUCAGUGGAGCAGCAAAUUUGUACCGCCAGUCUGCAAUGAGCUUUAAUAUUUAUUUCCAGGCGUUAAUCUGUGCCAUCCUAACCAAUCAGGAAAACAUAACAGCUGAACAGGUGAAAAAGAUUCUUUUUGAGGAAGAUGAAGGAAGCUCAGAUUCCUCACAGCAGUGUUCUUCAGAGGAUGAAGACAUAUUUGAGGAGACUGCACAAGUUAGUCCACCAAGAGGGAAAGAUAAGCGACAGUGGAGAGCAAGAAUACCAUCUUUGAGUGUUCAACCUGUAAGUAAUGCAGACUGGGCAUGGCUUAUUAAAAGACUACAUAAACUAUGCAUGGAAUUGUGUAAUAACUACAUACAGAUGCAUUUAGACUUGGAAAGUAAUAUUGAUGAAGUUUCAAUUCUGAAGGGAGAUUCCCUCUUUUUCCUGCCAUCAUUCCAGUCAGAGGCCUCCACUCCAUCUACAGGUGGACUGUCUGGUAAAGACACACCUUCAGAAGAUGGAAGAAAUCAGAUUAAAGACCACAUACUAGAUAAUAUGACCCCGAAGGGUCUCUGUGGUGGCUUCCCUUUGCCACCUAGUCCCAAAAUAGAGCGAAAAGAGCAAGGGAAGAAAAAGGAAUGGUGGGAGCAUGCUGGAAACAAAAUAUAUACAAUUGCUACAGACAAGACUAUCUCGAAGCUCAUGAUUGAAUACAAGAAGAGAAAGCAACAGCAUAAUCUAACUACAUUUGUAAAGGAAGUGAAGCAAGAUAAAAAGAGUGAGACACUUACUUCGAGAGCUCAAGAUACGCCUGUCCCUCAAAGACCUCAACAGCUUGUUGAUCAGGGUCAGAUGAGGCAUUCAUUCAGUGCAGGUCCUGAGAUCUUGAGACUGGAUAAAAGACCUAGAUCAGGAUCCACAGCAAGUUCUUAUAACGUCUCAUUGCGGGAUUCUGAAGCACAGAUACAGGCAUGGACCAAUAUGGUACUGACGGUUCUUAAUCAGAUUCAGAUUCUUCCGGAUCAAAUAUUUAUGGCCCUUCAACCAGCAGUAUUUCCCUGUAUAAGCCAGCUAACAUGCCACGUGGCUGAUGUCCGUGUUCGGCAGGCUGUGAGAGAAUGGCUUGGAAGAGUUGGCAGAGUAUAUGAAAUCAUUCUUUAAGAACAUCUAUCCCUCCAUCCUCAUACAGGAAAAAAAUGAGGGCAAGUCAAGAUAAAUUGCAGUGGACAAGUGUAAAAUGCCAGAUUGUCUAAACAUCAACAAAAGACAUUUUGUCAAGCUUUCAUAAUGGGUUUAAGGGCAUAUACCUACACUGAAUUACUGACGCUGACAGUUCUCAUAUUUUGGUCAUCAGGAAAAAUGUCUUAUUUUUAGGGACUCUCUGCAGUGGAUGAAACAUAGGUACAUUGUUGCUGUCUUCAUGUAUAUCCAUUUUUAAAAUCUAAAGUGCCUUUGCUUGAGGUGUACACCCCACUUUGGCCAUAUGCUACGUGUUCCUUGUGUGAUCAUAUUCCAGCACCCUAAUGCCCAAAAACACGUAUCUUGAAAGUGUAUUAAUGGUUAAUGUGUCAGGUGAGUUGCUGUUUUUUUUAACCUGGAAAGAUGCCAUGAAACGUAAGUCUUGCAAUUCUGUCUUCUACGGCUAAUGACAAAGAUUGUGUUCACAGCUGCUGUGUUCCACCUCCAGGUACUGUGAAUAGUUAGGUCUAUAUUAAAUCAGUGAACGCUUAAAAAAGUGAAUGCUGAUUUAUCAACCCUAUGUAAGCGAAAGCUUACAA